AUGAAGUCCUCGCAGUUCUCGCCCUUGCUGCGGGAUUUGAAGAGUGAGGACGGGCAGAAGCAGCUCCUGGCCCUCACCGAGCUGGCGGAGCAACUGAGCUUCAGUUCCGAGGAGGCCUUGAUCUCCUUUCCGAUGGAGACCUUCAUUCCCCUGCUGAUCAAUCUGCUUGGAAACCCUGGCAAUGGCGAUGAGACAACGGCACAGGUGAUGUUGCUGGCCUGCCGCUGCCUCUUCAACGUGGUCGACAUUCUGCCUCCAACAGCAAGGAUCAUUGUUGGCCAUGGGGGUCUCUCUGUGCUCUGUGCAAAUCUGCUGAAUAUUGAGUACAUAGACGUCGCGGAGCUCACUGUUUCCAUCAUUGAGCUCAUCUCUGAGGAUCAGCCGCUGCAAGUGCUGAAAGCCGGCGGCCUUGAGGCCAUCCUCUCCUUUCUGGACUUCUUCCAGAUCUCCGUGCAGCGGCAGGCGGCGAAUGCUGCUGCUGCAAUGUUGCGUGCUGUGCCACCGCCGGAUGUGUUCAACCAGCAAGUGAAGCCUGCGCUGCCGACUCUCGCACAAUUGCUGCAACAUUCAGAUCCACAGGUUCUUUACUCCAUUUGUGAGGGGUGGCGUCGAGUCAUUGACGGUUGCAUCGCCGCGCACGAGCAACCCAAGCAGCAGGAUGCCUCAUCAGUGUCAGGUGCCAGCGCAUCCCUUGUCUCGCGCUUCGCGGCCCAAGCGCGGCUGCGCUUCGGCUCCGAGGGCACCAAGAGGGCUGCCGAGGAAGAUGAGGAAGACGAGGACGAAGAAGAUGAGGACGACGUCCUGCCUCCCCCGUCGCCUGUUGUGCAACCAAUUUCGACCGAAUCCCUUGCCGCGAGUUUGCAGGAUAUGAUUCCCAGCAGUGUGCUGAGCAACUUGCUGCUUCUGCUGGGGAACGGCAUCUCUUCCACGCCGCAGACAUCUGUAGUCGUGGCUGAGGUGCUCUACAUCCUCUCAGUCCUGACCAAUUAUUCGCACAACUUCACAGAGGAGGUCUUGAAACAGGAUAUCUGUGGCCUGCUGGGAAUGAUGGUGCUAGGCAUGGACUUGGUCGGAACGGGUGUGGGCUCUGCUCAGGGCAGCUCCCUGCUGAUUCGGGUACUGGCGCUGGUGGCCUCAGUCAUGCCAUCCGUCCUUCUGACGGAGUCUGGCUGCGUGUGCGAGGAGCGUCGACUUAUGGUCUUUCGGCAACAUCCCGAAUUUCUGGACGCCUUGAGCAAGACCUUCCUUCCAAUGUUGAUCGACAUCUGCCAGGCUUCCAUGGAUCCGUCUGUGCAGUCGGUGUGCAUCUCCCUGCUUCUCACCUUUUCUCUAGCCAGUCAGGAGAGGCCCGAGCUGCAGAAGAACUUGGAGCCGGUUCAGCUCGCGAGCUUCCUCGCCAGCUUGCUUCUAACGGAACCAUCGACCUCCGUGACGCUCUCUUGCCUGUUGAUCGGCGAGCAGACCCUGCGGCACCACUACGACGUCUACGUGCUGCAUUUCAUUCGGCAGGGUGUUCGUCAGGCAAUCAGCAAUCAGGCAUCUGCCGACUCCGAACAGCCAAGUCAGGAGCCGGCCGAGGCCACAGCUGCAGAGGCUGCGGGCGCGACAUCUGCUGCAGCGCCAUCCGUAGGAAAGUUGCUCCGCAGACUCUGCAAGGAGGUGGCACAGCGCACCCUUCAGAAUCAUUUCGAUUCACGGACUGCCGUUGAGAUGGUGGUUCUAGAUCGACUCAAGGAAGUUGCUGAGCUACUGGAGUCGCAGACCUCUGCAGCGCAGGCUUUGCAGCAGCUGCGCAGUCUGCUCCUGGCCGAAGAGGGCGUGACGGCGUUUGAACUAACGUGCAGUGGUGUCUCAAGUGCAAUGUCCGCCUACCUCUUCCCUGAGUGUGAUGAUGCUGAUGUCUUCAAGGAGCGGCUGAGGCUCUUCCUGGAGCACAUUGUCACGCCACCAGGAGGCGCCUUGCAGAAGUUGGUGAAGCUCUGCCAGAUCCCCAGAAUUCCAGAGGCGUUUCCGUGCUUCAACGAGUGGAGCAGGGCCCGCUGUUUUGAGGGUGCCGCUGCGCUGAAUUGGACAACCAUGCCGCUUAUUGCCCCGAAAGAUGUGAAAAUGUCGGCCAAGAUGGCCCCGGAGCUUGAGCUGUUUGUUGUGUGCGGCUGGGGCAAAUGUCCGAAGCGGUUGGAACGCGCCAUGAAGAGGAAGCCCAACGUAAACUACAAGAACGAGGACGGCUUGACACCUCUCUUCAACGCCACCAUGUGUGGCUCUGCUGACUUUGUCGAGAAGCUGAUCAAGGCCGGCGCGGAGCCCAACGUGGUUGCGACGGAGUACCUGCUGACGCCGCUGGAGUGGGUCACUGCUAAAGUCAACUAUGAUGAAGAGCGGGAUCGGCGGUUGAAUGACUUUGACCAGGUAAACCGACUGGAUGACACCUGCUUGGCCGUUCGACCAGAUAUUGAGCCCUUCCGGAAAGUGAAGCAGGUGUUGGAGAGAAACGGGGGUGUUGAGGCGAAAGCCUUUUCCAACAAUCCGAAGAUCAAACCAGAUGGCUCCAUCGAUGGAGGCAAGCCAUCGGAGCUUAGAUCCUACAAACUGUCGGCAGAUGGUUCCUACACUGCUUCGCAUUACCUCCGCUCGGGCAAGUUCGAUAUGUUGAAGUACGAGGAUGGCCGACUCGUGGAGUGCGAGUACGAUCCGAAGACGGGACACUGGGAAGGCUAUGAGGCAGCUGCCGCAGCGACGGCAUGA